UCCUAUCUAGCCUAUACUACGAAGCAGAAUGAUGACAUCAACAGCGUUCCCGGAGUACGAGCAUAUGGCGACCAAUGUCGCACGCUUCAGCACCAGGGUUCACAUUGCGGUGCCAGGUGGAGGAGGAGGUUCCUUAUUUGUCUAUAUUUGUCCAAAGCGAGAGAACCAACAUGGAGGACACCCUGGUGAAGAUUGAAGUUCCAGUAACGCAAAUGGCGGCCAAUAAGCAAACGGAGACCGAGGUGGACAUCAAGCAGUGGAAUGAUGAGGUGAUUGGGACAGCGAUAGUCCAGUUGAACUAUGUCGGGGUUAAUACCGAGGAUGUGACGGCUGGAAGAGGAUUGCAUCUCUCAUCUGUAUUGGGAGGGGCAGGAGUGGGCGGCUCGCUCGGGUUGUUCCUAGGCAAAGCCAAGAAAAAAAUAAAGAAACGUCUCAAGAAGAAGAAGAAAGGAAAGAAACACAAGGGCCAUGGUGGUGGUGAGGAGGAGGAGGAGGAGGAGGAAGAAGAAGAGGAAGACGAUGAAGGUGACGAUGGAGGAGGAGAUGAAGGCGAAGGCGAAGGUCGUUUUGAAGCUUUCUCCAAUUUCAUUGGUUCAAUUUUCGAAGAGUAGCAAUAUUAUAAUAUGAUAAAUAUCCCUAUCUUCACUAUCUUAUUAAAGGGACGAGCGUGUCCCCUGUGACACUUAUUAAAGGGUCUAGUGGAACUCGUGUGCUGCUGUCCCGUGAAACCUGUUUCCCAGUCAGGCCCAAAGCAGGGGGAUAUGUUUUCACGAUUCCGCAUGUGGUUUUGUCGGGUCAUGUGUGGCAUUCAGGAGGUUGUGGGUUCAAUCCCCGCUGAUUGCCUGGGGCACGCUUGGUGCCAACCAACUGAGACAGAUCCCCUGGGGCACGCUUGCUCCCCCUGCUCGAUAUUGGUUUAGGGUCUUUGGCCGUCACCGGUUCAAUAUCUUUGUGUGUGUGUGUGUGAAUUAUAUAUGGCAUAUGGGAGAGUGUUUGCCUUAGACACUACUGCUGUCACAAGAUGGGGAGGGGGAAGUACAUGGGAGGGGCAGCUUACUGACGAAAUUCUGAGUCUUUGGGCUAGCCAGCUCCCCACACUGGCGGCCCAACCCUACUCCCUAACCACCGUUUAUGAGGGUGAGGGGCAGCGUGCGUCCCCUCGACCGUGAGAGGUAGCUAUGCUUACAGGGGUCAGUGGUGAAAGAAUUUGAGAGAAGAUUAUUGCUUAGUAAAUAAGUAAGAGAUUGACAAAAACAAAAGAUUUGUUUUGUGUUAUCGUUUUGGGGAUUCGUUUGCCGUUUUCCGGUGCUGCCGGCGGAUUUCGUUUCAUGUUCGUCGUUUCUGUUCAAGUACUUAGCAGAGGCUCAAUUGGAUGGAAAGAAGACAGACGACUGUUCGCAACUAGGUGAGGAGUGCGAAUCUGGGUGGAGCUCUCCCCAAAAGGGGAAAAAAGACCUCAGGUUUGUCUUCUUGGUUCUUGUCGGAGGAUUCAAGCUCGGGGCUUUCUGCAAACAGUUGAUCAACGUGCCUUUUUUUUUUUUUUUUUUUUUUUUUUGGCCGUUUGAACCACCACCAAGGGCACGUAGAAUUGCCCACCUACCCCACACUGCAGGAUUAUGUUUGCUGAGCAGGCUCGUCUCUAAACUUAAUUUUCAGCUCUGCAGGAUUGUAUCGACUGACUUAACCAUUGUUACUAGGGUUUACCUAAGUUUACUAGAGUUUACGAGAAUUAUAUUUAUGUACUUUCAUCUUAGCAGGAUUAUAUUCAUGUACUUGCAUACUUUCCGCUUAGCAGGAUUAUAGUUAUGUACUUUCACCUCCGCAGGAUAAUCUUUGCUAAGUUUACUUACUUUCAUCCCAGGCUACCAGCCGGGCCGUCCGGGUCCCGGGUGGCCAGCCCGUGCAAGGACCAAGGAAAGUCCCAGCAAAAAAAAAAAAUUAAAAAAAAAUCAAAAAAAUCAAAAAAAAAAACUAUGUUGUGCAGAAAAAUAAGCUGAACAACUUUUGCCUCAGGGUCACAUCGAAAUUCUUCACCAAAUUUCCCCAAACGACCAAGGGUGGCCUUAUAUAGCUCAGGUCUGCAGAGGGAUUAUCAUGAAUAUUAUUUGGACGGCACGGAACCAGAAGCUCUUCAGGAGCGAGGAUACGGGAUUUGAUCACCUGAAGACCCUAAUCAAGUCAAGGAUCAGACUGACCAUCAUCGCGGACAGGCAGCGGAAGGGCUGGUGGUGGUUCCACAAGACUUGGGGUCUCAAUGACAGACUGGCCAAAGUUUCCUCUGAAGGAGAACUCAGUGUGUGCAGAUGGCUGGAGAAGUGACCUCAUAACCUGGAAUUGUUUCCUAAGAAUGAAUUGGUAGGUGUAGGAUAAUUUUGAGGAGAGUAGCGGUAGCUGUCGGCGUUGAACCAGGCAGCAGCAGGAUUUGCAUGGAGUCUGGAAGGUUCUUAGUUUCCUGCCAGCAGUGUUUCCAUCUUAGAAACAUGUCGGCGUUUUUCCGUGUAGCAAGGAGAUUAUACUGCUAUAUAUUUGUUUUUAACUUUUUUAUCUUUGGAGAUUCCUUGAAGGGACACUG